UUUUAUACCUCUAUAACUAGCUAAGUGAUAAGAAUACACCUAAAUUAGAGUAUAGGCCUUUACAGACAGGCCUGAAUAUCUGUAUCCUAACACCUCUCCCCUGUUCUGUCCUCAAUGAAGGACCUGGUUCAUUUGGGUUUGCUCAGAGAGGAGGUUGUUCCUAUUAAAGAGUCUAGUUUCUGCAUGUUAUCUCUAACUUCUAUAAUCAGUUCUCUGUGCCUUCAGGAAUGGUUUGCAGCUCUGGAUUUAAGAUGUGCAUUUCCAUAUUUCAGUACGGCCAUUUCACUGGAAAUAUCUGCGUUUCAUUGUAGGAGAGGAGUAUUUUCAUAUAAGGUCCUCCCUUUCGGUUUUUCUACAGCCCCGAGAAUGUUUUAAAAUGUCACUGUAGUAGCAGCAUAUCUGAGAAAGCAAGGGAUUUAUGUAUAUCCCUUACCUUAACGACUGACACCCUGUCGAAAAUUUUGUUGAAGAGACCCUGUUUCAUGUAAAACAAAUAUGUUUAACUUUUUCCAGUCUGGAAUUAUGUAUAAAUUGGGGAAAUAUCACUCCUAAAUCCAACUGAAAGGAUCCCUUCCCAUAGGGAUCAUAUUGGACUCAGUUAUAGCAAAAGCCUUUCUUCCAGAAGAAAGGUUUAUAAAAUUAAAAUAAUCUUUACAUCUCCUACUGCAGUUUCCUCAACAGCCAAUGCUAUUUUUCCUCUGUUUAAUGGGUCUCUUAUCAUCAGCUACAUCAGAGACCCUGCAUGCUAAUCCUUGGAUGAGAGGUCUGCAGCACUAGCUAGGGAGAAAUUACAAACCAGGCGUAGACAAUACACAUUGCAAAUUGGUAAUUCCACAGUAAGAGUUAGCAGCACUGACGUGGUGGACAUGCAGUCUAAAUGCGAUGAAAGGUAUACCAUUCAGUUUCACUAUAUGCCAUCAGUAGUAAUUACCUCCAGUGCAUCUACUCUGGAUGGGGGGCCCACUUAAACAACAGUAUUGUGGUCAGGGGGCACUGGUCACCAGGAGAAAAGACACUUCAUAUCACCGUGUUAUCUGAGCGCAAUCAGGCUGGCUCUCAGAUGAUCCCUACCUCAGGUCAGACACAAAGUAGUUCAGGAGGUAACAUACAAUGUGACACCAUUAUAUUAGCUAAACAAACAAGGUGGAGCUCAUUCUCUACAAUUGGGCAAAUUGCAUCUUUGGGAUUAAUAUAUAGAACAAGGUGUUCACCCAAUAGCGAUUCAUGUAUCGGGGAACAAAACUCCCUUUUAGACCACCUGAGCAGGUCGACCUGUCCAGUGCACGAGUGAUCUUUAAAGGAAAGUAGUAACGCACCUCUUCAGGUUGUAGGGGAAGCCUGUAAUACACCUUAUUGUAUCCAAAAACAACAACAAGCAUGCAAGAUUUUUCUCAAGGGCAAAUGGCCAUGGACUCAGUAUCAGUUGAGUUUCUAAUAAGUUGGAGUCAAGGCCUCAUAUGCAUUUCCCCCAGUUCCUUUAUUCAAAGAGUGAUAAAGUAAAACAAGACAGAGCCAGGGUAAUUUUAAUAGCACUAGCCUGGGCCAGACAACAGUGGGAACUGGACUUGAUUCACGUUAAUCAAACCUCUGCUGUUGGCACCGGACUUGUUGACACAACAAUGAGGGAAGGUCUGUCACCCGGAUCUUCAGUCUCUUCAUUUAACAGCACGGGGAGUUAGACUGUGAGAUUAUUAGAAAACAUAAGAGGUGUGAAAUGUUCGGAUAAAUUCAAGGAAAGAGUCCUGAUGAGAAAGUGAUGGUUAUAAAUGAAAAAGGCUUUUGUUGUGGGUUUCCAUGUAUGAUAUAGAUCCUUUACAGCACCUGUUAGUUACAUAUUGGAAUAUCUAUUGUAUCUUAAGAGAAAAGGUCUUUCGUUAUUUUCAGUGAAGGUUCACCUUUCAGCCAUGUUAGCAUAGCAGGAUCCUGUGGACAGUAAAUUGGUCUUUACUCAUGAUGUGAUUACAAGAUUCUUAAAAGGUCUUAAUAAUCUCUAUCCUCCAGUCAGGCAUCCUAUCCCAUUUUGGGAUUUAAACAUAAUGCUUUCACAAUUGAUUAAACCUCCCUCUGAACUGUGGGAAGCUAUAUGUUGUUCCAUCUGUCUAUUAAGACAGUAUUUUUGUUAGCUAUUACUUCUGCCAGACAUAAGAUGGCUGCUGUUUUUGAGAGGAAUGGUAAUAAUAAUAAAUGAGGUGCAUAUCCUAAUGGCUGAUCCAUUAUGUGUUGUUUUUCAUAAAGAUAAAGUAAUUCUUUGUACACACCCAAGGUUUCUACCAAAGGUGGUUCAGAUUUUCAUAUAAACCAGUGUACUCUGCCCCACCUCCUCCUCCUCUCCCCCAACCUCACACUCAAGAUGGAGAUACUAGAUUAUAUACACUUUCAUUAAACACUGCUCUUCAGAUUUGGAGUCUAGGUCUGAUAAAAAAUUUGGCAAGACAGUUUUACAGCCCUUGUUCAAUUAGGACUUUGUGGUCCCAACAUCUUGGACUGGAAUUACUGCUUGUUAAUCUAUCCCAAGAAUGAAAAUGUGCAGAGGACACUUGAAGAAGAAAUUUAGGUUCCUUACAUGUAACUGAAGUUCUUUGUGGUAGACUCUGCAUAUUCACACCCCCUGUCCACCUUUUCCCACUGCUUCGGAGUCCUACUUACUGAAGGCCUGGGGCCAUAGGGGAAGGAACUUAAAUGGCUGGAGCUCCAUGCCCCUUUUGUACUCUCACCCGGGAACAUUGAGCAUUCACUGAAGAAGGGGAGAGGAUGUGUGAGCACUCCCAACGUCUACUGCUAGCUAGAAUUCUGCUGUUCAGGCUGCACCCGUGGGAGCAUCCCAGGAUGUGCAUAUACGGAAUUUAUCUUGAAGAACUCCAGCUACAAGCAUAUGUUGUCUUUGUUACAACGCUAGGCGGACAGUGGUUGGAGCGCAAUUUUGCUACGUUUUUGUCCCAUGUCCUGGAUCUGGUGUCCCAUCCUCGUGCAACUCAGACUCAUGUAGAGGCAGUAUACUCUCGAAGAUGUGUGUCCUUUAUCCUGAGAGCAACCGUAGGCAGUUUAUUAGGGGAGAAAGCACAGAUUGCGGCUGCCAAAGAUAUUUGUCAAGCCAUUGGUAAACAAAUGAAGGCAGUGGAAGCAGUUGUGAAUGAUACUAACGGCGAAAAUAAAUCAGGAGCUGCUGACAUAGCUGCAAGCCAACAUGUGAUGGUGUGUGCCCUUCAAGAGCUGGGUAGCCUGGUUCAGAGCCUGAAUGCCACUGCAUCUCCACUCAUACAAGAACCCUCCAUAGGGCUACUGGAGACGGUAACCUCAGUUCUUCUUCAUCCAAGCAUGGCUGCUCGACUAGCUGCUGCAUGGUGCUUGCGCUGUGUAGCUGUGGCAUUGCCUUUUCAGUUGACUCCAUUUCUGGAUAGGUGCGCUGAAAGGCUCAACAAUCUGAAGACCUCACCAGAAGCAGUUAGUGGCUACAGUUUUGCAAUGGCUGCUUUACUAGGUGGAGUGCAUCAGUGUCCCUUAGGUAUUCCUCAUGCAAAGGGAAAAAUGGUAGUCAGUAUUGCUGAGGAUCUGUUACGAACUGCUGCUCAAAAUAGCAGACUGUCCUUACAGCGCACUCAAGCUGGGUGGCUUUUACUUGGUGCACUUAUGACUUUAGGUCCUUCAGUUGUUCGGUACCAUCUACCUAAGAUGCUGCUGCUAUGGCGAAAUGUAUUUCCUCGUUCUCUAAAGGAGCUGGAAGCAGAGAAAGCCCGAGGAGACUCUUUUACCUGGCAAGUAACAUUGGAAGGUCGUGCUGGAGCUCUGUGCGCUAUGAGGAGUUUUGUUGCUCACUGUCCUGAGCUCCUUACUGAAGAUGUGAUCAGAAAAUUAAUGACACCCAUAGAAUGUGCCAUGACAAUGAUGUCACACAUUCCAUCGGUUAUUAAAGCCCAUGGAGCUCAUCUUAAAGCUAGUGCAGCUAUGGUCCGUUUAAGACUUUAUGACAUUUUGGCUUUGUUACCUCCAAAAACGUAUGAAGGAUCAUUUAAUGCACUCCUUCGGGAGCUAGUGGCAGAAUUCACUUUGACAGACAAUUCUGCUAAUACAACUACAUCGCUGCUUAGAUCUCUUUGCCACUAUGACGACAGCGUUCUUCUUGGCUCUUGGCUGCAGGAAACAGAUCAUAAAUCAAUUGAAGAUCAGCUUCAGCCAAACAGUGCAUCUGGAAGUGGUGCUUUGGAGCAUGACCCGUCUUCCAUUUAUUUGCGCAUCCCAGCUGGUGAAGCUGUGCCUGGCCCCCUUCCCCUGGGAGUAUCUGUCAUUGAUGCCUCUGUGGCGCUCUUUGGUGUGGUUUUUCCUCAUGUUUCUUACAAACACAGGCUACAAAUGUUGGAUCACUUUGCUGAAUGUGUCAAACAGGCUAAAGGUGUCCGUCAGCAAGCUGUGCAGCUUAAUAUCUUCACUGCUGUUCUCAGUGCAUUGAAGGGUUUAGCUGAGAAUAAAAGCACAUUAGGACCAGAAGAAGUCCGCAAAUCUGCUCUGACAUUGGUUAUGGGUGCUCUUGACAAUCCUAAUCCCAUUUUGAGAUGUGCAGCAGGAGAGGCACUUGGCAGAAUGGCUCAGGUAGUUGGAGAAGCAACUUUCAUCGCCAGAAUGGCUCAAUUCAGCUUUGACAAGUUAAAAUCUGCUCGAGAUGUUGUGUCAAGAACUGGUCAUUCGUUGGCUCUUGGCUGUCUCCAUCGUUAUGUGGGUGGAAUAGGUUCCGGACAGCAUCUGAAAACCAGUGUCAGUAUUCUGUUGGCGUUGGCACAAGAUGGGACCUCACCUGAAGUCCAGACCUGGUCUCUCCAUUCACUUGCCUUGAUAGUGGACUCUAGUGGGCCAAUGUACCGGGGAUAUGUGGAGCCUACUCUGUCUCUAGUUCUUACCCUGCUCUUGACAGUUCCACCAUCGCAUACAGAAGUACAUCAGUGUUUGGGCCGAUGUCUUGGGGCUAUAAUAACUACGGUUGGCCCUGAGCUGCAAGGUAAUGGAGCUACUAUUUCAACAAUCCGCUCUUCGUGCUUGGUGGGAUGUGCAAUCACACAAGAUCACUCGGACUCUCUUGUUCAGGCAGCUGCCAUAUCCUGCCUUCAACAGCUUCACAUGUUUGCACCCCGUCAUGUCAACCUCUCCAGUCUGGUUCCCAGCCUUUGUGUUCACUUGUGCAGUUCUCACUUAUUGCUCCGUCGGGCUGCAGUGGCAUGUUUGCGGCAACUUGCACAGAGGGAAGCAGCAGAAGUGUGUGAAUACGCCAUGAGCUUAGCGAAAAAUGCUGGUGACAAAGAGAAUAGUGGCAUCAUUUCUCAUUUUACAGAUAUUAACCCUUUUGCACCAGGAGUUGGUUCUCGGCGGGAUAUUCAUUGCCGGCAUCAAGGAGUUAAUAUAACAGAGACUGGCCUCGAGGGGGUUCUUUUUGGAAUGUUAGAUCGGGAGACUGAUCGAAAGCUGUGUUCUGAUAUUCAUGAUACCUUGGGACAUAUGCUUUCAUCCCUGGCAGUGGAAAAACUUUCACACUGGCUAAUGCUAUGUAAGGAUGUCCUAGCAGCCUCCAGUGACAUGAGCACUGCAGCUCCUUUGGGAGGAGGAAAGGAUGAAGAAUCAGAGAAGAAAGAUGAGAUGGAUGACGACACAAUGUUUACUACUCUGGGUGAAGAGGAUAAAUCGAAGCCUUCUGUGGCUCCUCGCUGGGCCACUCGUGUAUUUGCUGCCGAUUGCCUGUGUCGAAUUAUCAUGCUGUGUGAGAAUGCGAAUAAGGCUCACUUUGAUCUGGCCAUGGCCCGUUCAGCCAAACUCAGAAACCCUAAAAAUGAUCUUUUAGUGCUCCAUCUCUCCGACCUCAUCCGUAUGGCAUUCAUGGCUGCAACUGAUCACAGCAACCAGCUGCGGAUGGCUGGUCUCCAGGCACUUGAAGACAUUAUCAAGAAAUUUGCAUCAGUUCCUGAGCCAGAGUUUCCAGGUCAUGUGAUACUGGAGCAGUAUCAGGCUAAUGUUGGAGCUGCUCUAAGACCAGCUUUUUCCCAAGAUACCCCUUCUGACAUAAUAGCAAAAGCCUGCCAGGUAUGUAGCACAUGGAUAGGAAGUGAGGUUGUAAGUGACCUGAAUGAUCUUCGCCGAGUUCACAAUCUCCUUGUCUCCUCCCUGGACAAAGUGCAAGCAGGAAAGGGGUCUUCCAGUCAGCUUUACCGAGAGAGUGCCACGACUAUGGAAAAACUGGCAGUCUUGAAAGCCUGGGCUGAGGUGUAUGUUGUAGCUAUGAAAAUUAAAAAGGAAGCAGAGACCAAACCAAAGCGAGCAAUAAAGAAUACGGAUGAUGAGGAGGAGGAUUUUGGUACUGUAGAUGAGCUACCGCCAGACAGUUUGAUAACACUUGUACAACCUGAGCUGCCUAUCCUGAGUCGCCUUUGGCUAGCUGCAUUGAAAGACUAUGCUCUUUUGACUUUACCAGCUGAAUUUGCUAGUCAGCUUCCACCAGAUGGUGGAGCAUUUUACACUCCAGAGACAAUCGAUACAGCUAGACUGCACUACCGGAACUCCUGGGCUCCAAUCCUACAUGCAGUAGCACUCUGGCUAAACAGUGCAGGAUUUAAUGCUUCUGAGUCACCAGAAGAAGCAGCUGCAGCAAUGCCUAAUUCACAGAAACGUGCCUCUUCCAUUAUGUUAAACCAGGCACCUGGAACACCAUCUACCACUAAAUCUUUGCCAGAGAUAAACAAAGAUAGAAUGCACUUAAUUUUAGGUGUUAGUAUACAAUUCCUCUGUUCCCCCAGGCCUGAGGAGCCUGUUGAACAUGUCACGUCUUGUUUACAAGCACUGCAUACUUUACUGGAUUCCCCUUGUGCUAGAAUUCAUAUUGCAGAGGAUCAGCUCCUUGGUGUUGAACUUCUGAGUGUGCUGCAUCGACUCUUAUUGACCUGGGAUCCUCCUUCAGUCCAGCUGCUAGUUACAGGAGUUGUCCAGCAGAUAGUGAGAGCAGCUCAAGAUUACUUGCAAGAAAAAAGGAAUACUCUAAAUGAAGACAACAUAAAGGAAAAAGAAACGUGCCUUGCAUUAGGAGAAGGUGGUGAGACUGGUGGUCUUGAGCCUGGAAAGUCUCUUGUCUUUGCAGCCAUGGAACUACUAAUGUUUAUCCUAGUACGGCAUAUGCCACAUCUAAGCCCAAAAAUGUCAGACUCUCCAAGUCAUGUUUCUGCCAAACCUCAGCUCUCUGAAGAAAGUGCUCGCCUUGUGGCUGCCACAGUUACCAUCCUAUCUGACCUGCCUUCUCUAUGCUCUCCAGCAGGAUGUAUGACAAUAUUACCUACAAUCCUGUUUCUGAUUACAAGAGUAUUGAAAGAAACUGCAGUAAAAUCAGUGGAUAAUCAGGUCUCACCACCAGUCAGCGCAGCUCUUCAGGCGAUAAAAACUACUGUAACUCUUCCAAUGGCCAAGACUGAGGAAACUCAUAAGCAAUGGACCAGUCUUAUCCGCAGCACUCUGGCAUCUAUCUUGGAAUACUCCCAACCAGCCUUUUCUUUUUGUUUUUCAGAGGGCACCAAGUCUAUUCUUGAUGAAGUAAGCAUGCUUACAGCGAUUGCUCUUUUCCUUUGGUCUGCAAGUACAGAAAUAAUUGGAGUGCUGUCCUUACAGAACGGCUGCAUUAACAGAUUUAAAAAUGCAUUGAAUUCCUGCGAUCCUUGGGUUCAAGCCAAGUGUUAUCAGCUUCUACUUUCUGUAUUCCAACACACCAACCGUGCCCUGUCAACUCCGUACAUCCAUUCAUUGGCACCAAUAAUGGUUGAGAAACUGAAAGCUGUAGAAAGUAAUCGUCCAAACAGCAACACAGAGCUUUUAGCAGUCCAGGAAGGAAUUAAAGUCCUUGAAACAUUGGUUGCCCUUGGUGAGGAGCAGAAUAGAGUCCAGUUGCUUGCUCUUCUAGUUCCAACUCUGAUCUCUUAUUUACUGAAUGAAAAUGCUUUUGCUUCUGCAUCUACAGUAUCAAAAGAUCUUCAUGAAUUUGCACUCCAGAAUUUAAUGCACAUUGGUCCCCUCUACCCUCAUGCUUUCAAGACAGUAAUGGGAGCUGCUCCUGAAUUGAAAAUACGUCUAGAAACUGCAGUCCGUGCAAGUCAGGCCAGCAAAGCAAAAGCAGCUGCCAGGCAACCACCACCCACAAUACAUUCUGUCCCAACAAUUAAACUUAAAACUAGCUUUUUUUGAAUUAUUUUGAGUUGUUAUUUUUAGGAUCAUACCUACAAUUAAAAGUCAGAAGCACUACAUCAUUCCUUAUGUGCUACUGCAUAUAUGUCUGUAUUUUGCAUUGUUUGUAUGUCAGAGGCAAUCUAAUAGCUUUAUGUGUAAUUACUUGAAAUUUGUGCAUUAUAAGGGAAGUAGCGUUACAAGUAUUUAUAUAGAUUUUUAAGAAAUUGAAUUUGUUUGAUCAUAUUUGUGAAUCUAUGUUAUAAAUUAUCCACCAAAAAAGUA